CUCUUGGCUUGCACAACUCCUCGAAGAGAGGCGGCUUCCUUUUAAGACGGCGUUUCCUCCGUCGAAGACGACUUCACAGCGAGGGUCGACACAGCUUCGAUAUCUUGUCUUCACUCUCUCUGCGUUCGAUCCUUACAAAAGGCCCCAUCGCCCGCCGCUGAUUGUUCGUUGAAGUGGGAGUCGGAGAGAGGGGGAACCCAAAACCCCUCGUCGAAACCCUAACCCUAGAUAGAGUGAGAGAGAGAGAGAGAGAGGAUGGACGCCAUCAGGAAGCAGCUCGACGUGCUCAUGGGGGCCAACCGCAACGGGGACGUGACGGAAGUGAACCGCAAGUACUACGACCGCGACGUCUGCCGCCUCUUCUUGGCCGGCCUCUGCCCCCAUGACCUCUUCCAGCUUACGAAAAUGGAUAUGGGUCCCUGUCCGAAGAUUCAUUCCUUGCAGCUGAGAAAAGAAUAUGAAGAAGCAAAAGCAAAAGGUGAUCAUAAUUUUGAUAGAGAACUUGAAGAUAUGAUAGAAAGACUCAUUGUAGAGUGUGAAAGGAAAAUUCAAAGAGCCCUCAAGCGACUUGAGGAUGAGGAUGCUAAGGCUGCUAUAGCAAUAUCUGUAUCCAAGGUUACUCAGACGCCUGAAGCCAUUGAAUUGUCGAAGCAAAUAAAGGAGAAAUUAAAAGAAGCUGAUGUAUUCGAUUUUGAAGGAAAAACUGAUAGUAAAAUUCGGGUCCUAGAGGUGGUGGAAGAACUCAAAGCCCAAAGAGCUGACAAACAGUCGGUGCUUCUUCUUGAUGCUUUCAACAAAGACAGGGCUUCUUUGCCACAGCCAAUUCAAAAUCCUUCUCCAUUAGCAACUCUGCCUGUUCUUAAUCCUCCAGACCCUCGUACCCAGGAAAUGAUUAAUGAAAAACUAAAGAAAGCGGAAGAUCUUGGUGAGAUGGGUAUGAUAGAUGAAGCCCAGAAAGCUCUAGAAGAGGCAGAAGCUCUGAAAAAGCUGGGUGCACGGCAAGAGCCAGUCCUAGAAUCUUCGAAGUAUAGUGCUGCUGAUGUUCGAAUAACUGAUCAGAAGUUGCGGGUAUGCGAUAUUUGUGGAGCAUUCUUGAGUGUCUAUGACAAUGACCGUCGCUUGGCUGAUCAUUUUGGAGGGAAACUUCAUCUGGGCUAUAUGCAAAUCCGUGAGAAACUAGCAGAACUCCAGGAAGAGAGAAACAAAAAGCGGAAGAUUGACCGUUCUGAAGAUGAUAGAAGGUCGAAAGAACGGAGUAGGGAUCAUGACAGGGCAGGAAGCAGGGAUCGAGACAUAGAUAGAGAGGUUCGAGGUGAUAAUCGAGAUAGAGGCAGAGAACACGAUCGAAGAAAUAGGGAUCAUGAUCGGCAUUAUGAUAGAGAUCAUAGAGACCGAGACAGAGAUACUGAUCGAUCUCGCAACUAUGAUUCGAGGAGUCGAAGAAGGUCACGUUCUCGAUCAAGGGAUCGUGGCAGAGAUUAUGACCGGCAUAGGCGUCAUGAUAGGUACUAAAAUGUUUUCCCCAGCAUAACUUGGAUGUCAGCCAUGGACUGUGUAGGGUCUGGGAUGUAUCAACUGUGUUCAUGUGGUGAUAUUUCGUUUCGGUCUUGCUGACAGACAGCCAUUGAUUUUCUCAUGUUCUGUGAGUGAUGGACGAUGCCUGAUUAGGACGGCAAAACUGGCAAAAAUGUUUUAUGAUGUUGAAGACCUCAUUACGAUCUCAUUAGAUUUGCAUGAAAGUACUUUGUAAAAUUUUGAUGAGACAAUGUUCCUCUUCUUUGUUUC